UGUGUGGUUGUAAAGAGAAGCUGCUGCUGGAGCUGCAGUAUAAAGAGUUAAACUGCUCUAGUCUCAGUUCUGCUGGGUUUAUUCUGUUUCUGCUGGAGUUUUGGGUGUUUUUCUCCUUUUCUCUGCUGCUAAUCUGCGAGGAGGACUAAAGAAAAGCGAGUUUUGAGUCUACAGAAUCAGAAUGAAGAUGUACUGACCAUAGAAGUCAGUAUGCCGGCAUGUGAUUGGCUAAAAGAUGAGGAACGAGUGAGUGAAUGACUGGAUGACAUGACGGACUAAACGAGAAACAUGUCGUACAGCGGUCAGACCUCAGCCGGCUCUGGGAACACCAGCAGCUCUAACUCUGCCUCUCAGUAUGCAGCGGCGGCGCUGGGCAUGGGGAUGGUGGCCCUGGGCAUUGUGAUGGUGGUGUGGACCGCAGUGCCCGCCAGCUCGGUGGGAAACAGCUCUCGGCCAGGCUCGGGCACCAGCACUUCCAGAAGCACAUCCACAGCAGCCUUCGUGAUGCUUGGUAUUGGCGUGGCCAUGCUGAUCCUGGCACUGUGCCUGGGGUUACGCAACAAACGCCGGUCAGCCAGACAGCCGCAGAGUAACGGCGGAGCAACCGCGGACCAGAACCCGGAGGAGCAGAGCCAAUCAGAACAAGCAGAGCACUACGCUGUGCCCAGUUACGAGGAGGUGGUGGGUAAUGAACAGUAUCCAAUCAGCCAGUUCACCUCGCGGAAGGACAGCACCACCCGUCUCCCGGCCUACGAGGAGCUGAUGGAGAGGCCGCAGGGCGAGGUGGGGGGGUCGGACCCAGCAGCGGCGGAGCAGCCCACUCAGACCCAGAGCACAGCGACCGAUUCUAACCCGGCACCGGCACAACCCGCCGGAACCGGCCGGCGCAGCGGCAGAGCGGGACUCAAACUCCUCCCUCUCAAAGUGAGACGAAUCAAAUCCGAGAAACUGGGCAGGAAGACGUCCAGCACCUCCCCACCAGCCGCCGUGUCCAACAUCGAACCCCUCACCCCCCCACCACAGUACGAUGACACGCCCCCUGAGCUUCCACACGCACCAGAGUGACCGAGGAAUACACGGACUAAAAACACAACCAACAUACAGGGUUAGGACAAUGAAACUGAAACACCUGUCAUUUUAGUGUGGGAGGAUUCAUGGUUAAAUUGGAGCAGCCUGGUGUUCAAUCUUCAUUAAUUGCACAUUAUUGCACCAGUAAGAGCAGAGUGUGAAGGUUCAAUUAGCAGGGUAAGAGCACAGUUUUGCUCUAAAUAUUGCAAUGCACACAACAUUAUGGGUGACAUACCAGAGUUCAAAAGAGGACAGAUUGUUGGUGCACGUCUUGCUGGAGCAUCUGUGACCAAGACAGCAAGUCUUUGUGAUGCAUCAAGAGCCACGGUAUCCAGGGUAAUGUCAGCAUACCACCAAGAAGAACCAACCACAUCCAACAGGAUUAACUGUGGAUGCUGUAAGAGGAAGCUGUCUGAAAGGGAUGUUCGGGUGCUAACCCGGAUUGUAUCCAAAAAACAUAAAACCACAGCAGAAUUCAAUGUGCACCUCAACUCUUCUGUUUCCACCAGAACUGUCCGUCACCACAAUAAAUUAUUGUGCUCUAAAACCAGGUGUUUCAGUUUCAUUGUCCAACCCCUGUAUAUUAAUACAUUACCAGUCAAAAGUUAGUUUUUUAAGACAAAUCCUGAAUUUUCUGAACUGAUUGAUGCCUCCAGGAAACUUUUGCAAGACAGUUGAGACAGUAUGUAAAAUUCAGAUAAAAAGUGUAGCAGUGUUUCUAACAUAUACAUAGAUGUUUAUUUCACUACAGAUAGUGUUUCAUCUGAACAAUUUUAUUUAAGUUAUUAUAAAAUAUUUCAUACAUAAUUUCCUGCUUUUCUGGCCAGGACACACCUUCUCUUUCAAUGUUUUUAUUUUUUUCUUUCUUUUCCAAGUAGUAAAUUAAUACUAAAGUGAUUCAGACUAUGAAGGAACACAUAAGGAAUCAUGUAGUAACAUAAAAAGUGUUAAACAAUCCAAAUAAAUACUCUGUGAAGAAGCAUUUAGGUGCUCUUAUCUGGGGGGCUGUUAACUUGUGGUUUCUGAGGCUGGUAACUCUGAUUAACUUAUCCUGUACAACAGAGGAAACUCUUGCUCUUCUAUCCUUUCCUCGGGCGGUCCUGAUGAGUGCCAGUUUCAUCCUCAUAACAUUUUUGAUGGUCUUUUUUGCCACUACACUUUAGGAUACUUUCAAAGUUCUUGAAAUUCUUCUUUCAGAUUGAUUGACCAUCAUUUUUCUUAGUCAUUUUUUCUUUAUUUAGUUAUUUAUUAUUUCUUGCUUCUCAUAAUCUGGAUUAGAACACUACUCAAAUAUUCACUAUUCACUGUAUACCUGUAACUCUACCUCUUCACUAGUUUACUUUAACUGAUGCUCUCAAACACUUUAUUAAGAGGCAAGAAAUUCAAGGUAUUAACUCUUGACGAGUUCAGCACAGCUGUUAACUGAAAUAAUUCAAAAUAUAGAAAAUAUUCUGUUUUAACACUUCUUGUUUCCGAAAUAAUUCCAUAUUUGUUUUUCUUUAUAGUUUGGAUGACUUUAGUAUUAAUCUACAAUGCAGAAAAAAAUUUAAUAAUGAAAAAACACUGAAUUUAAGGUUCGCCCACACUUUUGACUGGUACUGUACUUCAGCUGUAGUUUCUAAAAAAAAAAAAAAUCGAACUGUAAAAAUGUACAGAAAUGAUUCAGAAUAGCUUCAUGUGAAAUGCACUGUUCUCUUGUUCUAAAUUGUUCACAUGGGUUGGUAAUAGGAAAAGGUACCUUCAAACAAUUCCACAGACAACUGUUACACAUAAUAUUCAGAUACAGUGUCAAGAAAAAGAAGUAUGUGAACCCCUUUUUAAUUUCAUGUGUUUUUUUGCAUAAAUUUGACCUAAAAUGUGAUCCAUGCUGUACUUCACAAUCUUUAUUAAUAAAAUGCUGUUAUACAGCUCUGAAAAAUGA